GACGCACGGUGGCGACGACGUAGCCGAACCGGUGUAGCGAGCUUUCCCCGGCCACUACGUAAUCGGGGCGAUGCACUGCAGGAACACCUCACACCUGACCUACCCCCUUCGCCUCCGCAUCCGUCCCAACCCGCUUCCCCAACCUUUCCAUCAACUACUUCCGAGACUCGACAUCACCUUUUCGCGUCGUGUCUCAUCGUCGUUAUCAUCACCAUCGGCGAUAGAUUUGUUCGCUUCGAUCGUCGCAUCGCCUUGACUUCCAUUCGUCCUUCACGCCGACCGACCGGACCAGACAGUCGCCCAAAAUGAAGGAUGCUUUUUUGCUGACCGCAGCUGUGCUGCUCGGCUCCGCCCAGGGAGCAGUUCACAAAAUGAAGCUGCAGAAGAUCCCUCUCUCUGAGCAGCUUGAGGCGGUUCCCAUCAACACCCAGCUCGAGCAUCUCGGCCAAAAAUACAUGGGGUUGCGCCCACGUGAAUCUCAAGCCGAUGCCAUCUUUAAGGGCAUGGUUGCCGACGUCAAGGGCAACCAUCCUAUUCCCAUCUCCAACUUCAUGAACGCACAGUACUUCUCCGAGAUCACGAUUGGAACACCCCCUCAGUCAUUCAAGGUGGUCCUCGAUACCGGUAGCUCCAACCUGUGGGUUCCAUCAGUCGAGUGCGGCUCGAUUGCUUGUUACCUGCACUCGAAGUAUGACUCAUCUGCCUCGUCCACCUACAAGAAGAACGGAACCUCGUUCGAGAUCCGCUACGGGUCAGGCAGCCUGAGCGGGUUUGUCUCUCAGGACACAGUGUCCAUCGGCGAUAUCACUAUCCAGGGCCAGGACUUUGCCGAGGCGACCAGCGAGCCCGGUCUUGCCUUUGCCUUUGGCCGUUUCGACGGUAUCCUUGGCCUUGGCUACGACCGGAUCUCAGUCAACGGCAUCGUCCCGCCUUUUUACAAGAUGGUCGAGCAGAAGCUCAUCGAUGAGCCCGUCUUCGCCUUCUACCUGGCCGAUACCAAUGGCCAGUCUGAGGUUGUCUUUGGCGGUGUUGACCACGACAAGUACAAGGGCAAGAUCACCACCAUUCCGUUGAGGCGCAAGGCCUACUGGGAGGUUGACUUCGAUGCCAUUUCUUACGGCGACGACACUGCCGAGCUUGAGAACACUGGCAUCAUCCUGGACACCGGUACUUCUCUGAUCGCUCUGCCCAGCCAGCUCGCCGAGAUGCUCAACGCUCAGAUCGGCGCUAAGAAGAGCUACACUGGCCAGUACACCAUCGACUGCAACAAGCGCGACUCCCUCAAGGAUGUCACGUUCAACCUGGCUGGCUACAAUUUCACGCUCGGCCCCUACGACUACGUUCUCGAGGUCCAGGGCAGCUGCAUUUCUACCUUUAUGGGCAUGGAUUUCCCGGCUCCUACUGGGCCACUUGCGAUCCUGGGCGAUGCCUUCCUCCGGAGGUAUUACUCCAUUUAUGACCUUGGCGCCGACACCGUCGGUCUGGCUGAGGCCAAGUGAUUGAAGGAUGGGCGGCAGGGAAAGACGAUGGGUAAUACGGGGAGUCUGGGAAUCGGGCUUUGGACUGUGGUCUGUAUCUAGUUGCUCAAGAGAGUUGUCGUUUGAUUUUGUUAUAGGAUCUGUCUAGGAACCUUAGCAGGAGUGAAAUUUUUUCGUGUACGAGCAUCGGCGGGCUGAAGUGGUUUGAUAACAAGUCUGGACUUGAGUACGCAGGCAGUUGCA